UCUCUGUUCCAGUUGUCCAAUUACGACUCCUAUGUAUAUAUCAAGCUCAGUGUGUGUCUCUACUCUCUACUCUCAUCAACUCUCAGCUCAGCUUUGCAGUCUUAAUUAGCGUGAUUAAAGUUGUAGUCUGAUCGAUGAUACAUGUGGUUUGAUUUUGCUGAGUCAGAACAUAGAAGAAGAUCGUCUCCAUGGGAAAGAAUUACCCAACAGUGAGCGAGGAGUACCAGAAGGCAGUGGAGAAAUGCAAGAAGAAGCUCAGAGGACUCAUCGCCGAGAAAAAAUGUGCCCCUAUCAUGCUCCGAUUAGCAUGGCAUUCGGCUGGUACCUUUGAUGUGAAGACGAAGACAGGAGGACCGUUUGGGACUAUAAGACACUCAGCGGAGCUUGCUCACGGAGCAAACAACGGUCUGGAUAUUGCCAUUAGGCUUCUUGAGCCCAUCAAGGAGCAGUUUCCCAUUUUGUCUUAUGCAGACUUCUACCAGUUGGCUGGAGUUGUUGCUGUUGAAAUUACAGGAGGGCCUGAGAUUCCUUUCCAUCCUGGAAGACCGGACAAAACUGAACCACCCCCAGAAGGUCGCUUACCUGAUGCUACCAAAGGUUCGGAUCAUCUGAGGGAUGUAUUUGGCCACAUGGGUCUCAGUGACAAAGAUAUCGUUGCUUUAUCCGGUGGUCACACCUUGGGAAGAUGCCAUAAGGAGCGUUCUGGAUUUGAGGGACCCUGGACCAGCAACCCUCUUAUUUUUGAUAACUCCUACUUCAAGGAACUCCUUAGUGGAGAGAAAGAAGGUCUACUCCAGCUGCCAUCAGAUAAGGCUCUUCUGGAGGAUCCUGUCUUCCGUCCUCUUGUUGAGAAAUAUGCUGCAGAUGAGGAUGCCUUCUUUGCUGAUUAUGCUGAAGCUCAUUUGAAGCUCUCAGAGCUUGGAUUUGCCGAAUGCUGAAUAAAAAUUAGAGAAGUGAAAUGUGGCUGCUGUCUGGUGUCUAGUCUGGAGGCUGGUUCAUUCUAGUGAAUUUUCUGGACUGGAUGAACUUCUAUAGCGUGGACGUUUUGUGUGCUUUGGACCUUUAGUUUCUGGCUAUGUAUGCUAUUAAAUUGCUAUUAAUGUCUGUAAUAUAAGUAUAUAACUGGUGCAAAAACAGUUAAAACAUUGGUGUGUUUCAUUGGUGUGACCAUUAUGAGUUUCAACCCCAAUUAUAGCUUCUUAUGUGAUGGCCGUACAUUGCCUAUCAAAAUAUGUGGUGAAAAGCUUGCUCUUUCUUUAA